GGCGUCUUCACAUAUCUGCUAGAGAAUCUCGGAGUCAAGAACGUUCAAUUCGAGGAGCUCAUCUCACUAGACGCACAAUCACUGGGCCAGCUAUCACCGUUGGGAGUCAUCUUUCUCUUCAAAUACAACAACGAAGCUCGCAAAUCAGAUGGUCCGCUAGACGGUCAAUUCGACUUUGAAGCAACAUACAACCUGGACGAUGCUGGCAGUGGAGGUGAUGGCAAGGGCAAGGUGUGGUUCGCUGCUCAGACGAUCCAGAAUGCCUGCGGUACACAAGCUCUACUCAGUGUCUUGAUGAACAAGGACAAUGCAGAUGGUGUUGAACUGGGUCCUCAUUUGACAGACUUUAAGGACUUUACCGCCGCCUUCCCACCAGACCUGACAGUCACANNGAUCCGUGGCGAAGCUCUCAGCAACAGCGACCUUAUCCGCGACACUCACAACUCCUUUGCCCGCAGCUCGCCCUUCGUAUCAGACGAGACCCGCAUGGCCACCCAAGACGACGACCUCUUCCACUUUAUCGCAUACACUAGCAUAAACGGCAAGCUCUAUGAACUUGACGGUCUCCAAGAAGCUCCCAUCAACCACGGCCCAUGUGCACCCACAGACUUCGCAGAGAAGGUCAUUCCUGUCCUCCAACGCCGCAUCGAAAGAUAUCCUUCCAACGAGAUCCGCUUCAACCUACUGGCCAUGUGUCAAGACCUACGCGUCAAAGCAAGAGAAUUCGGAGAUGAAGACAUGGUAUACCGCGAGGAGGAGAAGCGUCGUGCAUGGCAAUGGGAGAAUGCACUUCGCAGACACAACUUUGUGGGUUUCGUAGGUGAGUUGAUGAAGGGUGUUACUGCUGCAAAGAUUGCAGAUGGCUCUUACGAUGCGUGGAUUGAAGAUUCGAAACAAAAGACGAAGAAGAAGUUGGAAGAGGGAAAGAAGAAGGGCUACAACCCUGAUGAGAUGGAGAUG